UCGGGGCCGCAGCGCGCGCCCAAAGCGGCGGCGAAAGAGAAGUUUCCCUCCCCGACCAGCAGGAGGCGCCGCGAAGCCAUAAGCCCGACCUCCCCCUCUCCCAUGCUGGUGGUUAAAUAAGUCCCUUCCCGUCGUCGCGUGCGCCUCCUCACAGGGUCGCGCGGUGAUGACGUCGAAAGCUCCCGGUCUCCUUGGCAACCAGCGAAGCGCUUUCCCCGCGCUGAGUCACGGCCCCAACAAGCCAAUGUCCCUCUCCUGCCUCCGCCUGAACCCGCACUGGGGCGGCGGCCUGCUUCACGCGGAUGGCCACGCUGAGAUGUGGACGGAUUGGAACGCCAUGUCCAAGUUCUCUCAGUACGGAUGGAGGUGCGGCACUAACGAGGACACGUACUCCCUCCGCACCCUGAUGGGCAACUGGAACCAGGAGCGCUAUGACCUCCGGGAGAUCGUCAAGCCUCAGCCCCUCCCUUCCCAGUUCGCUCACUACUUCGAGACAACCUACGCCGCCAGCUACUCCAGACCUCCCACUUCCAGCCAGCGGAGGUUUCAACGUGAGCCGCACUGGUUCCCGGCCCACCAGCCCGAGUUGGAUCCCCCGCGUUACAAGGCCACCGCGCGCUCGUGUUACAUGCUGGACUACGCGGGACCCCAAGACGGCCCACCCUCGGGGACGGCCAGCAGCCCGGAUCUGGGGCCCCUCAAGUCCCGGGGUGCCAGGGCCCAGAGGGACUGCUCCUGUCUGGCGGGCAUGAGAGUGGGCACGUGAUUGCCGCCUUCGGUCUCCUCCCUCCCUGUCCCCAGAGGUAAAUAAAGGCAGACAUUCCCACCC